AUGACCGACUCAAAAUAUGGUGUCGAUGAGAAGGGUCUAUUUGCUGUGAAAAAAAUUUACAAAGGUGAAGAGUUAAUUUACGAAUAUGACCCUUUGGUCGAGGAAUGGCCAUUUUAUCCUGAUAAUGAUCAACGAGGAAAAUACAGUCAAGCAGAAUUAUUCAAGUUGAUUGAAAAUAAUCCAAAAUUAAGCAAACUUAUUCAUUAUCACGCAUACAUGGUUGAUGAUAAUCUAUUCAAUGUUCCAUUUAAAUAUGCAGUCAUGGAUUCUGAUAAUGUUGAUGAUUGUGAAAUGCGUUUUCCCCAUACUUUAUUCAUUAACCAUUCUUGUGAUCCAAAUAUUGGCUUUAUUGAAGGCACAACAUGCUGCGCACUACGAGACGUUGACAUCGGUGAAGAAAUAACACGCAAUUAUGGAUGUCUUCUGACCGAAAAUUCUCUUCAGGUUGGAAUAAAAUGCCAAUGUGGAUCAACAGAGAAAUGUCAACAAAUUCUUCGCAUGGAUUUUUAUAAGGACCCAAUAUGGCGACAAGAAAACGAACGAUAUUGUUUCCCCUAUGUUAAAAAGAAGAUCCAAGAGUUACUACGUAACAACGAAACAAUUGCUAAAACUGCUACAAUUGAGCAGCACAUGUCAAUGCCCGAUGCUAGUAUGUUUUGGCUUGAUGUUCUCCAUGGUUAUAAGCUUAAUCGAUCUCUACCAUUACCAUUUGAUCGAUAUCGUCUUGUGGAUGAAGAUCGAACAGGUCGUGGAAUAUCUGUUUCCGUCGAUUUCGGUGAAGAUCUCUCACAUUACUUUCUUCAUUAUGCAUCAUCAAUGAAUAUAAAACUUGAACAUCUUGUAUUUGCCAUUUAUUAUGCUUUUAUGUUCAAGUUAACAAAUGGAGAGACGGAUUUGUGUAUUGCAGUUAAUACCGAUAGUCAACCUAUAGAUGAAUUCAAAACAGCGAUGGGUUUGUUCGAAAAUAUCGUUCCAUUAAGAUGUCAAUUAGAUCCUCAUUGGUCUUUCCGACGGCUCAUCGAACAUAUUUGUGAGAUAAUAACAAGCACUAUGAAAUAUUCUUACUUUCCUCUUAAACGUAUUCUUGCCCAACAUUCCAAUACUUCAAAGCCUGCAUUUCUCGACAUAUUAUUCGAGUUUCUGUCAAAUGAAAAUGUUGAGAAUAAAGUACUGUUCGAUGAUAGUCGACUUCGUGCCAUGUCAAUGACCUCAAUCAGGAGUAAUGACGAGGAAAUCAUGAGCAACUUUGAUUUUUCUCUCAGUAUGCAACAUAAUUCGAAAACUAAUCAACUAUCAUGCACAAUCAAUGGAUCACUUGAUCUGUUCAAUCGAAAUACAAUUGAAAAGAUUGGACAACGAUUUCAUUCGAUCUGCAAACAAUUGUUUGCAUCUGCUCAGGACCAACCAAAUCAAUCAAUCUAUGAACUAUCAUUAAUAAUGCCCGAUCAAAGAUUACUCAUGCAAUCAAUGAAUAAUACACAAGUGUCAUUUCCUUCUAGCACUUGUAUUCAUCAAGUGUUUGUCUGUCAAGUCAUGAAACAUCCACAAAAACUAGCUGUUGAAUUGGAUGAACAAUCUUUGACAUAUGCUGAACUUUUACAUUAUGCUCAAGUAUUAUCUCUACAUUUUAUAAAUAAAUAUGUUGUUGUUCCAGGUGAAAUAGUGAUUGGUAUAAUGGCAAUAGAAAUGUCUGGUGGUGUAUAUUGUCCACUGUCACCUAAAGAUCCUCAACAUCGUUUAUAUGCACUCAUACAACAAACGCAAAGUCGUCUUGUUCUUCUUCAUUGGUUAACGAAAAUGAAAUUUAAUAAUGAUAUGCUUUUGAUUGAUAUUCAAUCAGUGUUGAUGAAUAAUGAUAUAAAGAGUCAAGUUAAUGCUGAUCAACUGUCAAGUAUUACAGUCACAUCUAAUAAUAUUGCCUAUAUUAUUUUCACAAGUGGUUCAACUGGAAUACCAAAAGCGAUUCAAGCGCGUCAUGAAAAUCUCAUUCAUUGCAUGAACGCAUUAGUGAAGAUCGAUGUAUUAAACAAAGAUGAUAAUGUCGUUCAGAUCGCACGAUGUUCAUUUGACAUUCACGUUCAAGAAAUAUUUGGAGCUUUGAUGCACGGAGCUACACUGGUUAUGCUUCAUCCAAGGGGAACAAUCGAUUUUGACUAUCUCUCCAAUAUCGUUCAAAUGAAACAAAUUACAUACAUACUCAUGGUUCCAAGUCUGCUUCGAAGCUUUUUCACACUUGCUGCACAGUCUGGCAAGACAGCCGCUUCAAAGUAUUUUCGAUCACUAUGUACUGGCGGCGAAUCAGUCACUGUGCAAUUAAGUACUCUAAUCGCAAAUAACAGUGUGUCAGAGUAUAAUGUAUGGAAUUACUACGGUCCUGCGGAAAUAACAAUCACCUGUACACUCCAUCAUAUUGAUGUUAAAGCUAAUCCUAAAAGCAUUCCAAUUGGUAGAUCACUUCCUAACUAUCGAUGUAUAAUUCUAAGUGAAUUCUUACAAAGUAUACUUAUUAAUCAAGAAGGUGAAUUAUUUGUUGGAGGCGUUGGUGUAUUUACUGGUUAUCUCGGUCGUAAUGAUUUAACUGCUCAAGCUCUUGUUGAAAUAGAUGAUGAACUAUUUUAUCGAACUGGUGAUCUUGUUACAAUAGAUAACAAUGGUCUUCUUCAUCAUCAAGGAAGAAAAGACCAUCAAAUCAAAUUACGUGGGCAACGAAUCGAACUUGGUGAAAUCGAACGAUGUUUACUCAACAUUCCAUCUAUUUCAGCUUGUGUUGUCAUAAAAUGGAAUGAUGAUUAUUUAGUUGCAUAUGUUCAAUCUUCUCAUGUGAAUGAAGAACAACUACAUCAACAUUGUCAAUCUCAUCUUCCACCACAUAUGAUUCCAUCAUUCUUUAUUAUUCUUGAUAAAUUUCCUUUGAAUCAAAAUGGUAAAAUAGAUCGAAAACUUCUUCCGCCACCUCACUUCUCAUCAAUGCAUCUUACAAACAGUAUAGAAUUAUUACUACCAACAAAUGAUAUUGAAGUUAGUAUUCAUCAUAUUUGGUGUGAUAUACUGAAACAAAAUCAAAUUUCAACUGAUACAAACAUCUUUACUAUUGGUGGUCAUUCAUUACUUAUGAUGCAACUUUUUCAUCGAUACAUGAUCGAAUUUCACUUAGAACAAAAGCAAAGUAGUUUCUCGAUAUCAAAUCUAUUUCAGCAUCCAACAAUUGUUCAUCAUGCUCAACUCAUUCAACAAUCUAUCAGUAUUAUCCACACUCUUGAUAACUAUUCUUGGUCUUCAUUACAUCUCAUUCAAGCUCGAGCAUCAUUUGCACAAGAACGAAUCUAUUUAGAUGAACAAAUUCGUUUUUCAUCAGAAAUAACAAUGAAUAAUAUGUAUGCUUGUCCAUUCCUUUACCGUAUAUCGUCUAUGAAUGAUCAUAUAUCAAUCACUCGAUUAUAUCAUGCAUUCCAAAGUAUCAUCACAAAACAUAGUAGUCUUCGGACAGCACUUUAUCUUGAUACAAAUAACACUAUUAUACAGCAUUGUUUAGAUGCAAAUAUCAUUCUCAACGAUUAUAUGAAAUCAGAUGGACUGACAGUUGUUAAUCUUCAUAAUGUCGAUCGUUGUCAUAUAAAUGAAAUUAUUGAAGAAAUAUUAAAUCAAGCUGAUUUAUUUAAUUUAUCAAGAGGACAUGUUAUUAAGUGUCAUAUUCUUCGUCGUGAUCAAUUAAAUCUUUCAUUUACUCAGAAUAGUGAUCUAUUGACUAAAGAUGAUCUCAUAUUAUUUACCAUUCAUCAUGCUUACUUUGAUGGAGCAUCAACAUCAAUCUUUCUUCGUGCUCUUUCUCUUGCUUAUCAAUCUCAUGACUCUUUAUCUGUGGAUGAUAACUUAUUUAAUUAUAUAGAUUAUUCUGUUCAUGAACAUAUCAUGGAUAUGUCAUUAUCUCGUCAAUUCUGGCUUUCUCAACUUGACGGAUAUGAUAUCGAAUGUUCAUUAUCAUUACCAGUUGAUCGACAACAUUCAUCAACUAAUAAACAACGAUCAGGUUUAGCAUCCACAGCUGAAAUCAAUUUUGAUAAUGAAUUAUGCACAUCAUUUCUAAAUUAUACAUCAUCACAUCAUCUUACACUUUUUCAACUUGGUUUAUCCAUAUUUUAUGUCUUCCUAUUCAAGUUAUCUCAUGGUGAGACUGAUCUAUGUAUUUCUUCGAUUAAUGCAAAUCGAUAUCGAAGUGAAUUAGUGAACAUGAUAGGAAUGUUUGUAUCAACAUUACCAUGCUGUGUUGAAAUUGAUUCUCAUUGGUCAUUUGAUGAAGUAGUUAAAAAUGUACGAGAAAAAUGCUUAUCAAUUCUUGAACAUUCUCAUUAUCCAUUACAACAUAUUCUUAGUGAUUUACAUCUCACUCAAUCAAAUGUAUCAUUUCUUGAAACAAUGUUUGAUUUCGUCAUCAUAUCAAAUGAAGGUAAUAAUUUAUCUUUGAAUGGUGUUAAUCUAGAACAAGUAUCGUUAAAUGAGACAUAUGAAAUGGCUAAAUUUGACUCCUUAUUAAGAUUUGAAUACAAUCCAUUAUCAGAUAAUAAGAGAUUAUCAUGUCGUUUUGUUUGUUCACGGGAUCUAUACGAAAAAUCAACUAUUUCACAAAUAGCUCAAAGAUUUCAAUAUAUGUGUGAGCAACUGUUUCAAACACAACCAAGCAACAUUCCUAUGAAUGAUAUGAGUUCAUCAAUUAACAAAGUUUCUCUUAUUCUUCCUGAAGAAGCUGAAGAAAUGGAAUUAGUCGCGUUUCAUCGAUUGGAUAAUAUUGUGAAUGAAGGUAAGAUUAUAUGCGUCUUAUUCUAUCGUUUUAUAGAAGUAGUUGUCAGUUAA